CCCUAUCGCAUUUCUCCGACCGAACGAUAACUUCUUGGUGGAAGCUCAGCGGCAAGAAGCGAUACCCCGAAGGAAAGGGCCCGAAGGGAAAGAGUGUCGGUUGCUGUAAAAGAGAGGCCUGACUUCCAGUCGCAUUUUCUUUCUCCGUCUGGAACGGCGCCAUCCCCCGCCGCUGAGUACCGCCCAGCGCUACGCUUGCGUGCAGUCGAUCACGAGCAGCCGCCGGUGCAGUGAAGAACGUCCGCAAAUAUGGAGAAGGGAAAAGUAGGCAUCAUAGGCAGCGGCCUCAUUGGCCGAAGUUGGGCGAUGCUUUUUGCCAGCGUGGGCUACAAGGUUGCACUCUUUGACGUGGAGCCACGGAAAGUCGACGAGGCCCUGAAGGAUAUCGAGGAUCAACUACAGACAUUAGAAAAAAAUGGGUCUCUGAGAGGCAAUCUCACUGCAAAACAGCAGCAUCAACUCGUCCAGAAAAGUGCUUCAAUGGCGGACUGUAUUAAGGGGGCCAUCCACGUCCAGGAAUGCGUCUUUGAGAACUUGGAGCUCAAACAAAAAGUGUUCCUCGAGAUGGACAAGCUUGCAGACGACAAAGUGGUUCUGUGCAGCUCCACGAGCUGCUUUCCACCUUCAAGUUUUACCAAGGAUCUUAAACAUAGGAGUCAAGCCAUUGUGGGUCACCCUGUCAAUCCACCAUACUACGUCCCACUUGUGGAAGUCGUUCCAGCCCCCUGGACAGAUCCCCUGGUUGCUAUCCGAACCCGUGCUCUCAUGAAGGAAAUUGGCCAGAAGCCAGUUGUCCUUAAGAAAGAAGUGGAUGGCUUUGUGCUCAACAGGAUUCAAUACGCUAUACUCAAUGAAUGCUGGAGGCUCAUUCAGGACGGAGUCGUGGAUACCCAGGAUAUGGACACGGUCAUGUCGGACGGACUUGGGAUGCGCUAUGCAUUCUUGGGACCCUUGGAAACCGCUCAUCUGAAUGCGGAAGGAAUGCUCGAGUACUGCCAGAAGUAUGCCAAGGGAAUCGUCAAGGUGUCCCAGUCCUUUGGCCCUGUCCCCAGCUACGAUGGUCCCACCCUCGCCAAGGUGAACAAAGAGCUGGAGGAGAAGAUCCCAGUCAAGGAUCUUCCCAAGUGGCGCAAAUGGAGGGACAUGCGGCUGGCUGCCCUGGCCAAGCUGAAGAGAGAUAACUCCCGCAGCUGCCUACUGCCCACCGCUACGCUCGCGUACAGUCGGUUCAGCCGAUCACGAGCAGCCGCCGGGGCAGUGAAAACGUUUCGGAGGUCCGCAAAUAUGGAGAAGGGAAAAGUCGGCAUCAUAGGCAGCGGCCUCAUUGGCCGAAGUUGGGCGAUGCUUUUUGCCAGCUUGGGCUACAAGGUUGCACUCUAUGACGUGGAGCCACGCAAAAUCGAUGAGGCCCUGAAGGACAUCGAGGAUCAGGUCGAAACACUAGAAAAAAGUGGGGCUCUGCGAGGCAACCUUACUGCCAAACAGCAGUAUCAACUUGUUCAAAGGAGUGCUUCAAUGGCAGACUGUAUCGAGGGGGCCCUCCACGUGCAGGAAUGCGUCUUUGAGAACUUGGAGCUCAAACAAAAAGUGUUCCUCGAGAUGGACAAGCUUGCAGACGACAAAGUGGUUCUUUGCAGCUCCACGAGCUGCUUUCCACCUUCGAGCUUUACCAGGGAUCUUAAACAUAGAAGUCAAGCCAUUGUGGGUCACCCUGUCAAUCCACCAUACUACGUCCCACUUGUGGAAGUCGUCCCAGCCCCCUGGACAGACCCCCUGGUUGUUAUUCGAACUCGUGCUCUCAUGAAAGAAAUUGGCCAGAAGCCAGUUGUCCUAAAGAAAGAAGUGGAUGGCUUUGUGCUCAACAGGAUUCAGUACACUAUACUCAAUGAAUGCUGGAGGCUCAUUCAGGACGGAGUCAUGGACACCCAGGAUAUGGACAGAGUCAUGUCAGAUGGACUUGGAAUGCGCUAUGCAUUCUUGGGACCUUUGGAAACUGCUCAUCUGAAUGCUGAAGGAAUGCUUGAGCAGUGCCAGAAAUAUGCCAAGGGAUAUGUCAGGGUGACCCAGUCGUUUGGCCCUGUCCCCAGCUACGAUGGUGCCACCCUAGACAAGGUGAACAAGGAGCUGUUGGAGAAGAUCCCAGUCGAGGACCUUCCCAAGUGGCGCAAAUGGAGGGACAUGCAUCUAGCUGCCCUGGCCAAGCUGAAGAAGGAAGCCUGGAUUUAGAUGCUGCUUGCAGUUAUGCCAUGUUCACACUACAGACACAAAGCACCGAUAUUUUGCAACAAACGCAAACCUAAGCGCAAUGAGUUCGCUCAGACCACGAUUGCUUGUAGUGAACGAAAACGUUCCGUUUACGUGUCAUGAAACAUCGGUACAUCGUGUCCGUAGUGUAAACACAGCAUUACAAACAAAAUAACAUAGCAUUAAAAAUGCAAGGCAUAUAGCUUGCCAAUUGCUAGAAAAA